GCGCGGGGCCGAGAGGGGGGCAUCAGGUGGCGCAGGUGCGCGCAGCUCCGGACAGUGGAACUCAGCGGCAGGUGCGCACACCGGUUCAGUCAUGGCUCCAAGACCACAAGUGGAGACAGAUUCUUCUUCAGCAAGCAAAGAUGACAAGUCUAAGUUCAAAGACAAAGAACUGCCACCAGCUUACUCCACCUUGGAGCUGGUGAAUGAGCCGAAGGAAGAAGAUCCCUGGGAUCUCCCCGAGCUCAAAGACACAGGGAUCAAGUGGUCAGAGCUGGACACAAAGGGGAAGGUUAUGCGAGUAUUGAGUGCCAUUGUCAAGCUGGUUUUGCUGCUCGGACUCCUUUACCUGUUUAUCUGCUCUCUGGACGUCCUCAGCUCUGCUUUCCAGUUAGUUGGAGGUAAAGCUGCUGGUGACAUCUUCCAGGACAAUGCUGUGCUGUCAAACCCCGUGGCCGGGCUGGUGAUCGGGGUGUUAGUCACCGUCCUGGUGCAGAGCUCCAGCACCUCCUCCUCCAUUGUGGUCAGCAUGGUUUCCUCUGGAUUGCUGGAUGUGAAGUCUGCAGUGCCAAUCAUCAUGGGAGCCAACAUCGGCACCUCUGUCACCAACACCAUCGUGGCCAUGAUGCAGGCCGGGGAUAGGAACGAGUUCCGCAGGGCCUUUGCAGGUGCUACGGUACACGAUUUCUUCAACUGGCUGUCUGUGCUGAUUCUUCUGCCGUUGGAAGCAGCCACUGGCAUGCUGUUCAAACUCACACUCCUCAUCAUUGAUUCUUUCAACCUGGAGAGCGGCGAGGACGCUCCCGAUCUGCUGAAAGUCAUCACAGACCCGCUCACGAAGUCCAUCAUCCAGCUGGACAAAACUGUCAUCGCUGACAUUGCAACCGGAGUGCCAGAGGCCAGGAACAAGAGUCUGAUCAAAAGAUGGUGCAAGACUGAAAUGAACACGACUUUCUGGAAUGAGACGGUGGGGGUCUGCCCAGCCGGCUCAGUCUGCUGGGAGGAAGGAAACCAGACCGUGACCCAGAUGAACCAAACUUGGACCAACAACCUGGAGAGAUGUAAACACAUUUUUGCCAAUAUUCAGUGGUCUGACCUGGCGGUGGGCCUCCUCCUCCUGGCUCUAUCUUUACUGGUCCUCUGCAUGUGCCUCAUCCUCAUCGUCAAACUGCUCAACUCCAUGUUGAAGGGACAGGUGGCCGUGGUCAUCAAGAAGGUGCUCAACACAGACUUCCCUUUCCCCUUCGGUUGGGUCACCGGCUACAUCGCCAUUCUUGUUGGAGCAGGAAUGACUUUCAUCGUUCAGAGCAGCUCCGUCUUCACUUCAGCCAUCACACCCCUUGUUGGUAUUGGUGUGAUCAGCCUGGAAAGAGCGUAUCCUCUGACCCUGGGCUCCAACAUUGGCACAACAACCACAUCUAUACUCGCUGCUAUGGCUAGUCCUGGAGAAACAUUAGCGCAGUCACUGCAGAUUGCGCUCUGUCAUUUCUUCUUCAACAUCUUCGGCAUCAUAAUCUGGUAUCCAAUCCCCUUCAUGCGGCUGCCCAUCCGGCUGGCCAGAGGACUGGGGAACCGGACGGCCAAGUACCGCUGGUUUGCCAUCCUCUACCUCAUUCUGUGCUUCCUGGUCAUCCCUCUGUCUGUUUUCGGCCUGUCUGUGGCUGGCUGGCAAGUGCUGGUUGGAGUGGGCGUGCCCAUCAUCACGCUCAUCGUCAUUGUGGUCAUCAUCAAUGUGAUGCAGUCCCGAUCCCCGCGCUUCCUACCCAAGGUCCUCCGGAACUGGGAGUUUUUGCCUAAGCCUCUCCACUCCAUGAAACCUUGGGAUGCUGCUGUGACUAAAUCCACUCUGUUCUGUGGACGAUACUGCUGCGGCUGCUGCAAGUGCAGCAGCUGCUGCAGGAAGGACGAGGAGGAGGGCGAAGUCUCCAGGAGGAGCAGCAAGAGUCUAGAGGGGCACGACAAUCCUGCUCUGUCCAUGGAUGGAGACAAGAAAGAAGAGAACACAAAUUUCUAACGACGCUGAGUUAGCUGUGUUUGCAGAGUACAGCGAUCUGUAACGUAACUGUAAUUAUGGGCUUUGUGGUUGCUCUUGAUUUUAUGCUGACAUUCUCAGCUGGGAGGUGUGGACACGAGGUGCACAUUCUGACUGCUGCUGCACAUUUGGGUGACUGAAAACUUGUAUUUUUAUAGGAUAUCAUGUGUGGAAGGCACUUUGGGUUUAUGUCCAAUUCUAUACAUUUCCACCAAUGUAGCAUGUAAAAUGUAAUGUUAUUUACAUAAUGUAUUUCUCUGUAUUUAAGUUCAUUUUAAUGUUUGUAAAUAAAAUUUUAAAUUUGCUAUUUUUAAAUCGCUUCCUCAUCUCGUUGGUACUUGGUGCUGACUGUUUGUGCUGGUUUUGUAAAAAAUCUGAAAUCAAAAACCCAAAGUAACUGAUAAGUAUUCACAUUUUUAUGGUAACAUUCCAAAAUUUUUAAAAAUGGCAACAUUUUUGCUUUAAAAAGUUAUAAAUGUAUUUUAAAUAGCAUCAUUAUACAUAGAUUGAAAUAUUUCAAAGCUUUAUUUGAUUCAGUUUUGGAAUGAAAGACUAGCAGAGAAUUAGAAUAUAACAUGAGAAGAUUAAAAAAAAAA